CAAUAAUAAAGUGGCCCUAAUCUGUCAAUACAUAAACAUCCUGAAGAUUUUCGUACUUUAUUCAACUUUCACGCUUGUACUCCACAGAAUUCAUUUGGAUCUUCUUUUAUGAUGGCACCCCUUUGCGGACCUCAAUAGCAAUUUGAAUUAUACGAAAAAUAAUAAGGAUCCGAGUAUCUUAUGGUAAAACACAGCAAUUUGGACUGAAAUUGCAUACAAUCUCGAGCUUCUCUGGGGACCUUAGUUGAAUUAACUUACCUAUAAACAAUUACUCACGUGUCCACUCGUUUUAAGAGCCAAGCAUUAAAGCAUACCUUAAUACUUAGUGUUUAUAUUCGAGUUUCCUCUUGUUUAACACAAGGUUUAUCGACGUAACCUUGAGGUAUUUUCAUUUUUAAGACGACAAUGUAAGUCACGUCAUCCGAUUUUUCCGAAUAACAUUAUUAUAUGUAAUCAUAGAAAUUUAUUCGGUCCAAGGCUUCCAGAUCGAUAUCAGGUAAGUAAUAACACAUUGUGUUGAAGCGAUAUCAUUCAUUUUGACUCUUAUAUAGUGUCUACGUAUGAAUAUAAGAACUAAUAGAAUAUUUAAUCACGAUAAUAUAAUUCGAAGACACCGGCUGCAAUCUCGACUAGCCUAAAAUCAUGAAAUUAGACAGUUUCAACAAAUACUUAUCCAAGAAAUUUGGAAAUUUGGGAAUUUACGUGGCAACAUACACCAGUUACUUCAUCAUAACCCCUGUGUUUGUUUCGUUAAUAUUAGCUACUGGACUUCAAAAAUGGCAAGAAGUAAAUGAUAUAAAGUACUUAUUCGCUCCGGAUAACACGAGACACGUCACAGAAGAAGCCAGCAUACAAAAAUUAUUUCCAAUGGAUCUAUCUCACAAUGCGAGUAUAGAGAGAAUGAAUAGAGAACCGUCUCUUGCAUCAGUACUGAUCACAGCUAAAGAUGGCGGAUCAGUACUUAGACACGAAAUAUUCAAAGAAAUAUUAAAUUUAGACGAAAUUAUUCAAAAUCUGAGAAUUGAAGAGAUUCGUAGCAUGAAGUACAAAGAUCUUUGCGCCAUGGAUAAUAGAGGAGUAUGCUUCGAAAAUCAUAUUCUUCUAGAUGAAGAACGUAUCGAAAUGAUGGAAAAUGGAAAUUAUUCCAUAAAAUAUCCAUUAGAUAUUGAAAGAAAUUAUGAUUAUCAAUUGAAUAGUUUAUUUCUUGGAGGAGUUGAAACCAACAAUGACGACAUGGUGACGAGUGCCAAAGCCAUACGAUUGUUUUAUUAUUUAAAUGACGACACAAUGAUGAAGAAACGUAACGCGGAACAAUGGCAAUGCUUGUUUUUGAACGCGACAUCAUCUAUUAAUUUCCGGUACAUAAAUGUCGACAGAUAUGCUACGAUUUCAACUCCUCAAGAACUCAAUAAUGUGAUUUACAAAGUGUUUCCGCGAAUUCCUCUAGCGAUAAUUGCCGUUUUAGUGUUCUCUACUCUUACCUGUUUAUUUAAUAAUUGGAUCGAAAGCAAGCCUUGGAUAGGGGUCAUAGCACUGACUUCAGGUGGAAUGGCUUUAACUUCAUCUUUUGGUUUAAUUCUGUACUGCGACAUACCAUUAACAGUUGCUGUUGGGUCUAUCCCCUUUUUAAUUUUAGGUAUAGGUAUGGAUGAUGCAUUUGUUUUUUUGGCUGCCUGGAAAAAGACCGAUUCCAAGAAUAGCGUUACGGACAGAAUGUUGUACGUUUAUUCGGAAUCUGCCAUCUCCGUAACCAUAACUUCCAUUACAAAUUUAAUAGCUUUCUCUUCUGGAUUAUUGGCCCCUUACAGAAUAAUUCGUUACUUCUGUACGUACGCUUCAGUAACCGUUAUCUUCUGUUACGUUUAUCAGAUCACGUUCGUUGGGGCUUGCAUGGCCCUCUUCGGAUACCUGGAGAAGCAAAAUAGGCAUUCGCUACUAUUCGUACAAUUGGAAAAAUCUAACGAGGGCCAAACGUGGUUCAGGAAAACAUUCCUCACGAGUCAAAAGUGGGAAUACGAAAACAGUAAACUGAAUUUCUUAUCCACAAUAUGGAUCCGACUGGGCAAUCUCCUGUCAUUGUGGCCCACUAAAUUAAUUGUUUUUUUAAUAUUAAUUUUACACGUAUCGAUAGGACUGUGGGGCAUAAGUUAUAUAGAUGUCGUAGGAAGCACUUCCCAAUCAAUCGCUUCGGAUUCGUACUUACUAAAAUGGUAUUUAGAUUUCCUUAAAGACGAAAGAAUAUCAUUCCUCCUGAAGUCCUACAAUAUAAGUGACCAGGGGGAUUUCAUUGCUGUACUACGAAAAGCAUUUCUACGUCAUCCGAUGGCUCGACGUUUCAGAGACGACAUAGCUUUCAAUUCGAAUUACACUUCAAUAAUUGGCAGUAGAUUCUUUGCUCAAACGGAUUUCACAGAAAACGAAGAUGCCGAAGUGGCCACUCUGAAAAAAUUACGAGAAAUUACGGACGGAGCCCCAUUCCACGUUUUCCCAUAUCAUUACAAUUCCUUUUUGGUGGAUGACUCCGAGUUACACUUGAAAUUCACCGCUCAGAUGCUGGGUAGUAUCAUAUUUAUUGUAAUUAUCGUUUGUUUUAUAUUCAUGCCAGACGUUGUUACUACCUUUUCGGUUGCCUUCUCUAUAAUUUGUACAGAAAUCUGUACGUUAGGGUACAUGGCCUUAUGGGGUAUCGAUUUAGCUCAAGUUUCCAUCGUGGUUUUAGUCAUGUGCGCUGGAUUUUCUGUCGAUUUUACGGCACACUUCUCGCAUUUUUAUAAGCGAUGCCCCAGCGAGGAUCACAAUCAGCGACUUCGUUACAGCAUCAGUUCUAUAGGACUAGCGAUAUUUCAAGGUAGCGCAACAACAAUAAUAUCAAUAUUGCCAUUAGCCUUCCCUUUGGCUUCUUCUGGCCACAAUAAAUAA